AUGCCACCAGAAACAACCGCUCUUGCCGACAAGCGAGGUACUCCUGUAACGAAGCCGACCCCAUACUCACUUCACACCGGACUUAUAUCACAGAGACAAAAAAAAAACCAGCGUGGAGAAAGGCAGCAAGUUUUCCCAGACACCAUCUUGCACCAUACCUCGGAAGACACUAGCCUCCUGAAACAUAAACAUGGCAGACCCAACUUACCUCAGCUGCAACACAUAGGCAACCUGCACGGAACCCAAUGGAAAGAAAAGACGACGUGCCCAGAUCUCUGA